AACACGAGGCCCCACGCUCACACACCAAGGCCCAGAUCCUCGGGUGUGGAUUGACAACAUCCCCGGUUGCUGUCCUUUUUUUCCCUUUUUGUUUCCCGCUGUCGUCGAUCCCCGUACGCCGCCUCGUUCGUGCGCAUCGCGGGUUUUGGAGCAACCCUGAAUCGCCAGCGUUCCAUGACUGAAACACGCGUCUUGCCAAGCGUUGAUCAGCACCUGGAAGGACUGAUCGCUCGAAAUUCCCCGACGACAUGUGGUCCUUUGUCCGCUCCGUAUCACUCGCCUCGCUAGUAGCGACGACAGUCACUGCAGAACUCAGUUUCAAGGCGAGCAUCCAACAGGAAGGCCAAGAUGUAGACGCCUCAGCCCUAGACUUUGUCCGGAUCCCGGCCCUACAACACGGCAAGCAUGCCUCCCGGCUGCAUCGAAAUCACGCCAAAACAGAGGAGAGGGAUACUAUUAGUUACAGUUCCAAUUGGUGCGGCGCAUCGCAACACACGACGCCGGCGGACAGCAUCACCAACGCGAUCGGCUACUUUACCGUCCCGGACCUGACGCUCCGGCCGGGGAUCCCGGCGCCGCAGUUCGCUGCUGCGUGGGUUGGGAUUGACGGGGCGGAAUGCAACACGACCCUAUUGCAAGCCGGCGUGACGACUGUUGUCAACUCUAAUGGGGGGCAGAGCUCCUCGGCAUGGUGGGAAUGGUACCCGGAGGCUGCCUUUAACAUCGACGGCCUCAAGGUCAAACCGGGCGACUGGGUGUCGGUAAAUAUCACAGCGAGGGAUGAGACGAGCGGGAUAGUGGUCAUCACCAACUCGGAACAGGGCACCUCAGUCACGAUGGAGAUCAAUAACGGGCCGAAGCUGUGUCGUCGGGAUGUCGAGUGGAUCGUGGAGGAUUUUUACCAGGCGGGCGAGCAGGUCGAGUUGGCGCACUUCUCGGACCUCUGGUUCGUCGACUCGGGAGCGACGACGGACAGGGGCAAGUCGAUUGGCUUCGACGGGGCGACCAUGGUGCAUCUUCAAGACUCGGACGGAAGCGUCCUUUGCACGGCUGAGCCCUACGACAACUCCAACGUGGUUAUCGUAUCGCAUCCCUAGCCAAGACCUUCCAUACAUUAAUUAACAGAGGGGCAUUGCGUCCUUAAUUUAGAGCCAGCAAGUUCACGAUACUAAGGUUGCAUCGACCGCACGUGGGUCUCGUGGUUGCGCUUGCAGUUGACCGAUG